AUUUGACCCCGGCUGCACAUGCCCGGCCCACGAAAAUUUCCCGGGAAAAACACUAGCACUGGUGGUAGGCACGUUGCAUCACUAUCACUGCAUCAUCAGGUUUAUUUCUCUUCAUAAGAAAAGAUUGUGGAGUGUGGAAAAGUGUGGUUGCAUUCUUGCCAAAACAAUAGGUCAAAAUGUACAGGUCGUCAUUAACUCAGUUGUGUAGAUAUCUUGGGAGAGGAUACAGUACAACAGUGAAGACGGUGGAAACAGGUGUCGUUGAGCGAAGUUUGAAUAAAGUGACCCUUCUGGGCAGGGUUGGUCGGGAUGCCGAGUUACGAGGUCAAGGAGCCAAUCCUGUGGCUUUGUUUCCCUUGGCAACCAGUGAGACAUUUAGAGUCAAGCGAGAUAGUGAAGAAGACGAAUUAAAACAGAGAACCAGUUGGCAUCGGAUAAACGUGUUCAAGCCAGGACUGCGAGAUUCUGUCUUCACAUACUGCAAAAAGGGCUCCAGGGUCCUGGUGACUGGAAGGAUCAACUACAGUGAGUAUUUCAAUGACAGUGAUCAGAAGAUAAUGUCAACCAACAUAAUAGCAGAUGAUGUAAUAUUCGUGGGAAGUGAACCGAAACUGAGUGACUCCGACCUGCAGUAUGAAGGAUAGACAGGUGGAUUUCUGUCAUCGUACAUCAAUUUUGAUAACGAUUUGCUCGCUGAAUGACCAUCUGUUGGUUAAUGCCUGUGGGUCGUUGGUUAAUGCCUAUGUGCACAACUCCCUCAAGUGAGUCAGAGGGCUAGCCUCUUUGUACCGAUCGACUGACUGUCUCGGACCAACUUUAAGACGCUUGCCUAUACAUGUAUGUGAUGUAAUAUCUACACCACAUGUGCAUUUAGUCUGGCACCUUGUUUUUAUGUACUUCCAUGAUACAUAUGUAGGCAAGUAGGAAAUAAGUCAAGUCUCCACGGGAACAGCAAAAGCAGAGUUUCCAUUUACAUCACAUAGAGUACCGAAGUGUGACGUCAUUUUGAACUGGGAAGUGUA